GCCCAGGGCUGGAAUAGCAGGGACUGCAGGGCAGGGCUGAGGGGCACUGGCAGGGCUUUCUAAGGAACUCAGGAUUGGAAUGACAGUAAUUUCUGCAGGUCAAGACUCUUUGCUUUGGUAGAGCUGUAGGAGAUAGGGGCCAGGACUGGAACAGCAGAGAGUUCCGCAGAUGAGGACUGAAGUGAUCAUUGGAGCAGAGGGGGAGGCACCAGUGGAGCUGAAGGAAGCACUGCAUAUUAGGCGUGAAGGCACAUUUUUCUCAUUGACUCCUGGUGCUAGAUCAGUUGGAAUUAGCAAGUUAAGUGACUGCAUCCUCAGUUCUUUUUCUGAAGUGACUGGAUGGCACUGGAGCUCCCUUUUGAAAUGGCAGGAGAGUAACAGAAGGAGACAGACACAGACAGAGACAGAUAGAAAGAAGGACCAAGAGAGAAAAAGGCCAGCAGAAAACCAGUGUUGUGCAUGAGAAGGAAAGGCAAACCAGAAAGGAGCAGAAAACAGCAGAGUAAGAAGAGAGAAGGGACUCGCCCUGUCAAAGGAGUUUCUCUGCUCUUCACCUCUGUUUGAGGACUGGCCAAGAUGAACUGAAAUUAGGAAGGAAGCACUGGCCCUGAGCUACACAAGACAGCAGAAUCAGCAUUAUUUCCUCAUGAGGAUCUGUAGCCUGUUCAUGAUCCUCUCUGCUUUGGCAAGUCUCUCUUGGUUUCCUCAAGUGAGAUGCGAGGAGGGCUGUGUGAACCCUCAACACUGCUCAAGCAAUGAUUGGGUCCGUCUCUGGUACAUCUGGCUGGCGGUAGCGAUUGGUGGGCUGCUGCUUUUGUGUGGCCUGGUCUCAGCCUGCGUGAGGUGCUGCUGUAGGCAAGCAGGGGAGGAGUCGGGUUCUCAUCCCUACGAGGUGACAGUCAUCGCCUUUGAUCAUGACAGCACUCUCCAGAGCACUAUCACUUCUCUGCAUUCUGUGUUCGGUCCUGCUGCCAGGAGGAUACUGGCUGUGGCUCACUCCCACAAUGCAGUGCUAGGAGCACCACCUGCUUGCGGAUCAGAGACCCCUCCAGUCUAUGAGGAGGCCUUACACAUGAGCAGGUUCACAGUAGCCAGGACUGGGCAGAAAGUCCCAGACCUGGCCCCAGUGCUAGAGGAAAAGCAACAGGAAUCAGCUGUGAAAGAUGAUUCACAACACGAUCUCCCUUGACAUGAAUGCACCAACGUUCUUUUUUUCUUUUCUUUUCUUUUUUUCAACUUGGACUGCAAUGCAGAGUGUUAAUAUUCAAGGGAAGGAUCCCAAAUCUGUUCUAGAUGGGCUCAGGAAUACAGUUCAGGUUAUUCUCUUCUUUAAUGACAUGAACAAGGAAAGAAAAAAACUCAAUUUCCUAAUACUUUAUGAUCCAUAAUGUUUUCAUGGAUCUUCCUUGAUACCUCUCUGGAGUGUUCUAUUCUUAAUUAAAAACAGGACUAUAUAGCACAUUAAAGACUAACAAGAUGGUUUAUUAGGUGAUGAUCUUUCGUGGG